AUACACGUAAUAUUCUAUAGUCUUUGGUUAAGAUUACAAGAUAUUUUAUUUUACCAUUUUAUAUAGAUUAAUGGUCGCAGGUUUUUUCACAAGUACUAAUUCUGGUAGAUUUAGGUGUCAUAAUAGAUUUAAACGAUUAUAUUUGUUUUGUGAAUAAAUGUCUGUGGUGCAUUAGAGUUUUUCACAAUUGCUACACAACACUAAACCCCAUUCUCUGAACCAUAUUUGUCGAAUAAAUCACUCGUUCUGCAAAACCUUAAAUAAGUUCAGGCAGUUUCUCUAACCAUUUUCAAAUCUCAUGCACUCUUUUUGCAAAAGUCUAAUCCUUUAAAACUUUUUUUUAUGUAGAGUCUAAUGAAUGCUCUGUAGUGUUUAUAUAUUGACUGGCUGUGUGUGUAUGAUGUAAAUAAAGAAUUGUUUGAUUUUAAAUACAGGUAAAAUGGUUUUGAAGCCAGAAGGGUCAGGGGUUUUGUGAAUGUAGUUUGAAGUUUUGGUUUUGUGUUUAUUGUUGUGCGAAAAUGGGUGAAGGUUUCAAGAAAUGUGUCUUUGCAAUUGUGAAAAACUGUAAAGACAAAAACGUCGUGAGAUUUGAAGGUGCCUUUCUGAGAGUGUCGAGCGCCCCCUGGAGGAGAAGAACUAGGCUUAUGUGUCACUUAGGAAACAUAUGUUCAAUAUUAUGUUUAUUCCAGAAGGUGGCGGAAUGGUUGUAUCUACUUGCAUGAUUUCACAUCACUGAAACUGGCAGAGGAAUCUGGCAUUUCCAGCAACAAGAAAUGUCGCUUUGUUAUAGCUGUAUGUAAGAAAUUAAUUUUGUUAAAGUAAGGUGGAAACUUGAGUUAUGGAAGGUGCUCAGCCCUUGAGCAUUUUAAAAAUUGUUGAGGGUCUCCAGUCAGCCACACAGACCUACCCUAUACCCCUUUACUCAUUUUCCCUCUGCAUGGAGAUCACCAACCGCGUCUUCAAUGACUCCCUCCUUAACAAAAACUCGCCGGAGUACAAGCGGAUGUAUGCCGAGGUUUCUGGAGUUUUGGACACGGCCUUUAAUUGCUCUGACUGUGACACGAGAGAAACUUACAGAGGUGUGUCAAAUAUGCAGUUCAGGGGCGAGCCUAUGAUGGCGAAUUGUACCAUUCAGUUUCAGACCGCUUUUAUCAACCAUGUUGUGAUCAAAUAUUUGUUCCUGAGAGCCAUAGAUAAUAAUAAUAAAACUCAAAUAAAUGGUCUUGCACUCAACAGAGAGUACACUGCUGAAACAGUCACACCUGCCUGGCUCUUUGAAAAAGCCACAACUCCUGUGGAUACAGCAGCUCCCCUUGUAGGAAGCGGUGGGUUUUGGCUUCCUGGUUGGGCCAUUGCAUUGCUGGUGUUAGCAUGCAUCAUCAUUCUGCUUCUCCUCAUCCUCCUCCUACUGAUGUGCUGUUGGUGCUGUAGAAGAAGAGACAAAAAGGAAGAAACAACCACCAUAAUAGAACAUGCACCUUAUCAGAGGACAUCUUUCAAAGAACAUCUUGCCAAUCCCACAUAUAUGCCACACACACCUGAGAAAAGCCCAAACUACCCAGUCCUGGGAGGGCCGGAACAGCAUGCAGGGAUGUACACGAUGAACCCUCAGAGAUGAUAACCACAACACCACUAUAAGAGAGAGCCAUGAAGUAACUGAUGCUAUGAAGGUUCAGGACGGGAAAGCGGUUUCUCUCGUAGAAGAUGCUGGUUUCUUCAAAAAGACUCUAGAAAUGUGGACUUGUCAUCAUUACCAUAUGUAAUAUAAGUAUUAUAACCAAUUUUAACAGAGGAUGUAACUUUAUUUAUUCUGGACUAUUUAUGUCACACAGAUAUGGGGAUUUGGGUCUGUGAACUUUUGCAUCUCUAACUCAGUAUAACAUACCAGGGUUAGUUGUCACACUUUUUAGGAGGUACCUGGGAUGAUCAUAUUUGGAAAUCUAAAUGAUUGAAACCCUCUGCUAUAGGAUAUUCAUUGGCAUGCUGAUGCAAUUUACUCAAACAGUAAAGGAAUUAUACAUAUAAAAAAAAUAAUAUAUAAAACAGCAAUGAUGUAAAAAGUUACCCAAAAUAAUUAGCAUUGGUUUGGCCAACAGGAAUUGCAAUUAUGAAAUUGUAUCAAAUAAAUCAUAUGUAAAAAACAUGCAACAAUCAUUUCACUGUGUGACAACUUGCCCCGGUCUCUUUGAUAUCUUAGACAACAGAAGAAGACUAGUGGUUUGCUUUAAUGUAUCCCCAGAUUACGAUGUUAUCAAUUCAUAAACGUCUUUUCAUUUGAAAUCUGUAUUCAUGUUAUUUGUAUGGUGUACAUAUACAAUCAUUUACACUUUCUGAGGGAAGAACUGUUGUAAUAUUUAACGCAGUUUAAAAUGUCAACAAAACAAUAUAUUAUACAAUACAAUAUACACCAGUUACAUAAUAAAUCAAU